CCUUCCAACCCUCGGGAUCUCUCCGGCCCGCCAUGGAAGUGUUCUACUACCUCGUGUUCGGCGCGCUCGCCGCCAUCGUGGCGGCGCUGGAGCUCGCCAAGUCCGGCAAGGACCGCGUCGCCACCUCCCCGGCCUUCAACUCAUUUAAGAACAACUACAUCCUCGUUUACUCCCUCAUGAUGUCUGGGGACUGGCUGCAGGGGCCCUACGUGUACUACCUCUACAGCCAGUACGGCUUCGACAAGGGCGACAUUGGCCGCCUCUUCAUCGCCGGCUUCGGUUCCUCCAUGCUCUUCGGCACCAUCGUCGGAUCCCUCGCGGAUAAGCAGUGCGUUGCGCCCUCCUCCGCCUUGGGGGUGAAUUCAGUCGAUUUCGUUCUGUUUUGGUGGAUACGGCGACGAGGCUGAUGGAUUUUCCGUGGUCAGGGGGCGGAAGAGGGCGUGUGUCACGUACUGCAUCACCUACAUCCUCAGCUGCAUCACCAAGCACUCUCCCCAGUACAAAGUUCUUAUGAUUGGGCGUGUCCUUGGUGGCAUUGCCACUUCGCUGCUCUUCUCAGCGUUUGAGUCGUGGCUCGUGGCAGAGCACAACAAGGUAGCUGCCCAGAUGCUUCUCUCCAUGCACGGUGACAUUGAUACCUCGGAGAUGACACGCUUCAACUUUAAUCCUAAUCAACUCAUCGUUUUCCCCAUGAAAACACCUUCUAUUAGUUAUGUUUUGGACCUGUUUUGCUUUUGUCUUUCUGUACAUCUGUUGCCGGUACUGACUACAUAGGUUGACUGAAGCUAACAAAAGAUAAAAUACUUGGGAGGUUUGACUUCUAGAGUGGCAGUACACUGUAUAAAAUGACUUCCAAGGUAUAGAAAAUCGAACAUACCUAAAUUAAAAUACAGUUAUGGUGAUAAUUUUUAGAGGAAGGUUUUGAUAUUAGAGUGUAAUGCAUUGCAAAACACAGUGCAUAAGGAAUUCAGGAUAACUAUAUUGCAGUCUUCCUGUCACUUAUCAGUAGUACAGCUAUUUUCUUUUGUUGGAUUUGAAGCCCUUGUCAGCAGAUCUGGACUAUCUGGUGUUCCCAUGCUUGACCAGAACAAGCCAGUAACUAAAACUGUGGUCCAGUCCAAUUAUAUUUUUCAGGAUGAUGGACGUCCUUGUCGAUAAUUAGCACAUUUAUGUACCAAUAUGUACAAGUAUCAUGAGAAGUCCAUUGCCUGCAUGUCAAUGCAUUGCGCUGUUCUUUUUGCCUAUAUCAACGUUGCUCUUUUUUAUUUUUCUAAUGAUAAAGCCAUUGAUGGCUUUGUUUUCUCAUUCCCUUUUGUUCUUGCUGACAAUGGGCAAUUUUACACUGAUAUUGUACAGAAAGGAUUUGAUCCACAAUGGUUGUCGAUAACAUUCUCCAAGGCUAUAUUUCUUGGCAAUGGUCUAGUGGCCAUUGUUGCUGGCCUAUUUGCAAAUUUUCUUGCUGAUAACAUGGGUUUUGGUCCUGUGGCUCCAUUUGAUGCCGCUGCUUGCUUCCUAGCAAUAGGAAUGGCAAUUAUCUUAUCAUCAUGGGGUGAGAACUACGGAGAUUCGUCUGACAGCAAGGACUUGAUAACCCAGUUCAAGGGUGCAGCUAAAGCCAUUGCUUCAGACGAGAAGAUUGCAUUGCUUGGAGCCAUACAGUCAUUGUUUGAGGGAUCAAUGUAUACUUUCGUUUUCCUGUGGACUCCUGCUCUGAGCCCAAAGGAUGAGGAAAUUCCUCACGGCUUCAUAUUUGCUACCUUCAUGCUUUCCUCGAUGCUGGGUAGCUCAAUUGCUUCUCGUUUGUUAGCUAGGAAGCUGAAGGUUGAAGGUUAUAUGCAAAUCGUGUUUUCAGUAUCAGCCUUUACUCUUUUCCUCCCCGUUGUCACCAAUUUCCUAGUACCUCCCUCCGGGGAGAAAGGCGGCAGCAUUUCGUUAGGAGGCUGCUUACAGCUUCUUGGUUUCUGUACCUUUGAGUCAUGUGUUGGUAUAUUUUGGCCAUCAAUCAUGAAGAUGAGAUCUCAAUAUAUUCCCGAGGAGGCAAGAAGCACAAUCAUGAAUUUCUUCCGUAUACCGCUCAACCUGUUUGUUUGCGUGGUACUAUACAAUGUGAAUGCAUUCCCAAUAACUGUCAUGUUCGGCAUGUGCUCCAUUUUCCUUCUCAUGGCAGCAGUCUUGCAGAGGCGCUUAAUGGCUGUCUCUGAUCUUCACAGAUCGACAAAGGCUGUAAUGAUGACUGCGGAAGAUGAGCCUCUAAACCCUUAGAGAUCAUCAUAAAAAGGAAUCGGAAGUUAAAAUGGCCCCAAUCCUCGACUUAUUCCCAUGGGGUUGCUGAAUAAGAUUGAUAUCUAAAAGUUGUAACGACUGUAACAGAACACGGUUUUUACUGUGUUAUAGGAUUGGUGCUAGUGCAGUUUCCGGUUGUCAUGGUAGAGAACAUGAUGUGGCUCCUGACUAUUGUGCCACACACGGCAGAGUAUAGCUCGGCAUAGCCUCCCCACGUUUUCCCCAUGUUUUUCUUCUCGUGUUUUCUGAUAGGAUUGAUAUUUGUAUUCAAGUGAAGUAUCAUAUGGAAACCCGCAUCGUCCAUUUUGGAUGCAAACGCUGAGUAAAGUGAGAAAGGGCUCAUUAGAGACCG